AUGUGUGCGGGCUCAGCGCUGCGGCAGGAGUACGGGCAGGAGCACCGGGAGCGGCACCUGGAGCAGCACCGGGACCAGUACCGGCGCUGCCUGGAGCGGGAGCCCUGCUCCCGUCCCUCCUUCGAGCAGCGGCUGCGGCAGGAGCUGCGGCGGGAGCCGGCGCUGCUGGGGGCCCUGCAGCCGGAGGCUCCCUCCGUGCUGGCCCGGGGGCUGCAGGGCCACCCCGAGCUGGGCCCGGCCCUGCGGGGCUUGGCCAGCGCCUUCCGGCUGCUGGAGCUGGCGGCUGCCAACCUGCACCUCUACCCCUGGCGCAGGGAGUUCGGCACCAUCCAGACCUUCUCCGGCGCCUACACCCACCUGCUGCGUCCGGUGCUGCCUGAAGCCGAUCUGGUGCGGAGCUUCGGCCGGCUGGGCUACGAGCAGCGGGACCCGCACAGCCUGGUCCUCUCCCAGCUUCCACCGGAGCCGGAGCUGGUGGCCACGGCCUGUGGCUUCUUGGCCUGCCGGCUGGAGUGUGAAAUCCUGGCGGAGGUGCUGGCACGGCUGUGGCCACAGCAGGUCAGCGCCCAGGAGCUGCUGGAGGCCCGGCGGGUGGCUGGGGACCCGGAGGCCUGCCUGGAGGUGCUGCGGCGGGGGACACAGCGCCAGGAUCUCUACCGGGAGGUGCCAAGGAGGGGGUGCCAGGCAGCUGAUGACAGCGUGGAUCUCUACCAGGAGCCACCAGCCAGCCCUGAGGAGAUGGAGGGAGAGGACGUGGCCCCCCCAGCAUUGUGGAAGGACCCCAGCAGGCACCAGGGCUGGCACUGCAAGCACGGACAGGAGCCGGUGCCUUCCAUAGGCAGCCCAGGCCUGGACAAUCCCUCCUCUCCCCUCUUCCCAGAGUCAGAGCUUGGCACAGGGAGAAGCCCCCCCGUGUUGGGGGAACAGGAUUUACCCCCUGCUGCCCCCAGGCUGACCUGCUACCAGCUGCACUCCUGCCUGGGCCAGGGCGCACUGCCCUCCUACUGCUGCGGCACCUGCCAGCAGCUCCACGCUGGCGGCUGUGCUGCCGGGCGGGAAUGUCGCAGCCGGCACCGCGGGCAGGAGCUGCAUGGGGAGCGGCAGCAGCGGCUCUGGCUGCAGCGGACAGAGGUGGACAUGCUGCUGGCUGACAGCACCACACUCCGCUCCUAGCCCCCCCCGCCGGGCUGCUGUUGGCUGUGCUCAUCGCAGGAUGGGGAAACCCCCACCCCAGGGACACCAAAACACGGCAGUGGGGCCGGUGUUGGGCUCCAGCCCCAUGUUUCCCCUCGAACCGGCUCGGUGCAUCCCAGUAAAGUGCUGCUGUCUCAU